GUUCCUGAGCUUUGCAAUUUAACAGGAUUGACUGAUGCGAUAAAAUCAGAUUUAAACUGAUGAAGGCUCUUCACACCCAUAUUUUGGUUACACCAGAAGUGCAACAAAAUGCAAUUGAACAUGUGGAUCGUAUAAAUGCUUGAUUUUAUGCCUACUUAAAUUCUAUUAAAUGAUUUAAUAUAACAUAUUUGAAAAUCAUCAUUGAUUAAAUGUGUCAUGAAGUAGCUAGCAAGAAAUUCCAAGAUUGGGGCCUAACGAUGAGUCCAAUCCCAGUGAAAAUGGAAGGUCCCGUUUAUAAAGAGAAACAAUAUUACUGGGAAGUAAUAUCAGAAAACAAGUUGGAGUAAAUAUUGAUUGGAGAAUGGAUGUAGCAAAAAAUGCAAUGUUUAUUGCUGUGAACGUGUCAAAUUGGGCAAUUAUGUAUAAUCCGAGAGAUGAAGGAACGGCUAAAUCAUUUUGCAGACAAUUGGUUUUAUGCAGCUGUCGUCUUGGUAUAGAAAUUAAUUGGUCAUCCAAAACCAAUUAAAGUUCAGACGUCAGAACCAGAGGAUUUUAUUAAUACUAUUGAGAAUAUAUUAGUGAAUAAUCCUGAUAUACAAUUUCCAAAUAAAAUAGUAGAUCGUCAUAACGCUGUGAAACGGUAUUGUUGUUCAGAAAUUGGAAUUGCAUGUCAAAUAAUUGCCUCAAGGACAUUAUCCAAGCCAGAGCGGUUACAAUCAAUUACUCAGAAGAUUGCUUUAUAAAUUAAUUGUAAAUUAGGUGGUGCUUGUUGGGCUAUUGACAUCCCAUUGAAAAAUACUAUGAUAGUAGGAAUUGAUGUAUACCGUGAGGAAGGUAAGCAAACGAGUGUUGUUGGUUUUGUAGCCACAAUGAACGAGACAUUUACUGAAUGGUAUUCAGCCUCUGCAAUGCAAAAGAGUACCCAUCGAGAACUUAUGAAGUCUAUGAAAGAUGCGUUUAAACUGGUGAUGCAGUUUAAAGCAAAAAAUGGGGCGUUGCCUGAAAAAAUAAUUAUUUAUAGAGAUGGUGUAUCUGAUGGAGAUUUAAAACAAGUGGAAAAAAUUGAACCAUCAGAUUUUAUCGAAUCAUUUAAAAGUUACUCAGUACCAUAUAAUCCUAUGGUUUCCCUCAUAAUUGUGCAGAAACAAAUAAACACCGAAGUUUUCCAAUAUGCAAAUAAACUAACCAAAAUUAUAGGCAAAAACACAGGUGAAAUGCCUAAUAAUUAAUUGUGGAGCUCUCUAUUUUUCAUGUAAUAAACAUGUACAAUUUUGGACGACCAGGAAGGUCUAUUCAGCUUAUAUUUACAUGAUGUACACUAUUAACUUUUUUUUAUUAAUUUUGUGAUUGUUAAAAAUAUUCUCAAAAAUA